AUGGCGCUAGUGGGGCCUAGCGCGCCUCCAUCCGCCAGAAUUCUUCUCCAGCGCGAACUCGACCUCGACCUCGGCCGUUUCCUUGCACGCACCACGACUCGACCUCGACCUCGACCUCGAACCCAAACUCUUCCUUGCGCGCACCCCGACUCGACCUCGAAUCCACCAUCCACCAUGGCCAAGUCCGACCACAAGACCAUCACGGCGCCCGCCAACGUCCAGACCGACCUCGACCUCGUCCAGUCCUUCCUCAAGCAGAAAGGCCACGAGAAUGCCGCCACCAGUCUCAAGGACUUUGCUGCGUGGGCCACAGCGCAGGCUUCCCAAUCGGACGCCAUGGACGUAGACGAGGACAGCGCCAGCAGCAGCGACAGCAGUGACUCGGACAGCGACUCGGACAGCGACUCGGACAGUGGCUCGGACAGUGACUCGAGCUCAGACGCCAGCUCCGACUCCGGCUCAGACGACGACAGCUCAGACGACGAGCCGGCACCCGCGCCCACCAAGGAGAAGAAGACAAACAAGGCCAAGUCGGUCUCUUCGUCCUCGUCCUCAUCCUCGUCCUCGGCUGCCUCCAGCGACUCUAGCAGCGAAUCGGAGUCUGAGCCUGAGCCUGCCAACGUACCCCUGCCCGAGUCAGACGACUCUUCGAGCGCAUCCAGCGAUUCGGACAGCUCUUCAGACAGCUCUUCAGACAGCUCUUCAGACAGCGACAGCAGCUCCGAGUCUGAGGACGAAAAGCCCGCCAACACCAAGAAGGUCAAGAAGGCCAAGAAGGCCAAGAAGGCCAAGCAGGCCAAGAAGGCCGCCUCCGUAUCCUCCUCAUCCGCAUCAAGCUCCUCCGGCAGUGACAGCGACAGCGACAGCGACAGCGACUCGAGCUCUAGCUCAGACUCCGACUCCGACUCGUCUGAUAGCGACUCUGACGACAAGCCUGCAAACAAGGACGACUCCUCCGACUCCUCCAGCGACUCGAGCUCCGACAGCUCCUCCGACUCCGACUCUUCAGACGACGAGGCCGCCGCCGCCGACCACAAGGGCUCCGACUCGUCCGCAACCCUCGCCGCAGCCUCACCACCAGCCCCCGCCACCAACAACAAGCGCAAGCGCGACGGCGACGACGAGGAGCCCAACAAGAAGCGCAGCCACGUCGAGAACCGCUUCCAGCGCAUCAAGGCCGACGUCGAGGUCCUCCCCGAGCUGUCCAGCAACGCCUACGUCUCGUACGACUACGCCGACCGCGCCCACGCAAAGCUCAUCGUCACAAAGGGCAAGGGCUUCACAAAGGAGAAGAACAAGGGCAAGCGCGGCUCCUACCGCGGCGGCGCCAUCGACACCUCGGGCGGCAAGGGCUUCAAGUUUGACGACUAG